AACUCGAUUCUGUUUGAACUGUCAACUGAGACUGAGCGGAUAAGGCUAAACAUCCUGCGCUUUUUUCAAAAAGUGAGGAGUCACGGAGACUCUGUUAUUCGUGCUCUUUCAGUUUCAGCCGUUGGACUUGGAAUUGGAUGCUCCAGUUUCGUCACGAGCGGAGGAAUCGAAACUCAUUGCUUCAAAGCAAAACAACUUUUCCAUUUCACUUUUUAAUCCGCAGUGAAUCACUCGUGCUUUAAUCUAUCUCACCGGAGCUGUUUCUGUCCAUUUCUAGACUAGAUCUCAGAUAUCACAAUAAUGGAGGUCAAGUUAGACCUAAAGGACGCUGCGGAUUGGGUGUAUAGAGGAGAAGGAGCCGUUAAUCUUGUUCUCGCUUACACCGGAACUUCUCCCGCUUUUAUUGGGAAAGUAAUGAGAAUUCAAAAAGUUCCAAGGAGCAAAACAGCCAAAAAGCAGGUGGAGGGUGUGAAUGGUUGUUCGGUCUUAGAAAGGCAUGCUCAGCUUGUGUGGAGAGACAAUGCAGAGUUACUUUUGGCAUCUAACAAAGAAACAUUGGAGCAACUAUAUAUUCAGCAUGUUAUGAGCCCGUUGUUAGGCCCCAAACACGUUGAUGCGGGACUGCGUGUCCUUGUAACCAGGGCAUUUCUAGAGUAUGUUCAAUAUAAUGCUUUGUGCCGGCGUCCUGCUUCGCGAGUUGAUGCUGCUGAGGUUGAUACACAUUGUGAUUCUGUGCUUCUUUUGUCUGAUCAUACUGUUUUUCCUCAAGGUAUUCUCAAUGGGGAACCCUGCCUUGCUGUUGAAAUUAAGCCCAAAUGUGGAUUUCUUCCAGAUUCAUCCUUCAUAGCUGAAGAAAAUGCUAUUAAAAGGAGAAUGACUCGUUUUAGAUUACAUCAAGCCCUAAAGUUGCAUCAACAUGAGAUAUCAGAGCUAAGUGACUAUGAUCCACUUGACCUGUUCUCUGGGUCCAAGGAAAGAAUGAGUAAAGCUAUCAAAGCUCUCUAUGUUACUCCUCAGAACAAUUUCCGGGUAUUUUUGAAUGGUUCCCUUAUACUUGGGGGCUUGGGUGGUGCCACUGGAAGUACUAAUUUUGCUACUGAAAAAGCAUUUGAAGAUGCUCUCAAGUGUGUCAUUCAAGCGGAUGAUGGUCUACGCACAAAUAGUUUUAUACAGCUUGUUUCUGAGGCAGUUUAUCAUGCUGGAAUAAUGGACCGACUUCUUGAAGCUCAGAAGCUCGAUUAUUGUGACAUUGAAGGGGCGAUUCAUGCAUAUUAUAACAUUAUUUCUCAACCUUGCAAGGCAUGCAAAAACUUGGAUGAGCAGAAAGUGUCACACCGGUAUUCCUCAUUGCAUUGCAUUACGUUGGAUGAGAGUUUGAAGAUUGUGAGGGACUAUUUGAUAUCUUCAACUGCAAAGGACUGUAGUUUGAUGAUUUGUUUUAGACCAAAGGGUGCUGAGGUUUCAGAAUCUUCCCAUAAUAGUGUUUACCUAGAAUCAACCAAACAAGUUUUUGAAUACAAGGUGUAUUUCAUUGACCUGGAUUUGAAACCUUUGGAGAAAUUGGAGAAACAUUAUGAGAAAGACAAGAAGAUUGUGAGCUGUUACUCUCAGAAGCUAUAUGGUACGAAUGGAGUGAACAAAGAUGUAGCAAUGAACAGUUGUAUACAAUACUGAGCCUUGGAGGAUACUUUUUGCUGAACUCUGUACUGGUAAGUGCUAGUAGUUUGACAUAUGUUCAUUAAUAAAUUUUACUUUGUAAAUUUGUGAGAGUUUUUAUGGCCUAGGAUUUCCCUUCUCAAGUUUUUAUUAGUCUAUGGAUCCUUCUUUUUUUUACUUUUGUUGGAGUGUGGAAUCUGAUCAUGUCUAAAAGAUAUUGUUAGAGACCUGGAAGUGCUGCAACACUCCAAACCAGAAUAGCUGGCUCCUCCAGUUCAUUUCCCCAGAAACUAAAGAACUCCCAGCAGCGCAAGACCACACACAACAAUCAAUCCAAUGCAAUUAUUGUAAUUCCAAGAUGUAACAGUACAAUGUAAUUCAUUCAUCAAUGGAAACAAGUUACUGAUAUUCAUUUCA